CUGCUUGCCUGACCAUUCGGUCCUCUCUGAGCAUUUGCCACUCGGCAAAGAACGAGACACAAGGUCCAUAAGGCUCUGACAAGACCGCAUUUGAUCUGGAAAAGAAGUAACUAAGAAGAGUUGAAUCAUUGGCUUUGCUUCCUCGCGCCUCAGCAACAAGGGAUCAUGAAUAACAACAACACACCAAAGGAUGGUGAUAACGUGCCCUCAUCCCCACCGGAGGUGGAAUCGGCUCGUCUGCUACGGUGCAAAACAUCCAAGCCCGGAUAUGCAACAUUCCCCGAGUCCCACGAAGAACUGUGGAAGCCCUCACCUGGGUUGUGGUGGAUCGAGACCUGUCUCUGGGCCAAUGUAUUCCUGGCUGGGUUCGAUGGCACAGUCACGGCGUCCACCUAUGCCGCCAUCAGCUCGGACUUCAAUGCCGCCAAUAAUGCCGCUUGGCUGACGACCUCGUACCUCAUCACAAGCACCGCCUUCCAGCCACUGUAUGGCCGCUUGUCAGACAUGUUUGGGAGACGCAUAUGCUUCUUCGUCUCCACGGUGACCUUCAUGCUGGGCUGCUUGGGCUGCGCUACUGCUCCAGACAUCUUGACUCUCAACCUGAUGAGGGCCCUGACGGGGUUUGGAGGGGGAGGUCUGAUCACCAUGGCAACCGUUAUCAACUCUGACAUGAUCCCCUUCAAACAGAGAGGUAUGUACCAAGCCAUGCAGAACAUCCUGGUCGGCUUCGGCGCCGUCUUGGGUGCGUCGCUCGGAGGCGUGAUCGCCGAGAGCAUCGGGUGGAGAUGGUGCUUUCUUCUGCAAGUUCCCGUGUCCUUGCUGGCGCUCGUUGUCGGCUACCGCGUGUUGGAGAACCCGGAAUUUACCGUCUUGGAGUUGACGCGCAACCGCAGCUUCAGGUCGGCACUCCAACAUCUGGACGUAUCAGGAGCUUCUUUCCUCGUUGUCGGACUGGUCGCCCAGCUUGCGGGCCUGAGCUUUGGCGGAAAUGAGUAUCCCUGGGCUAGCCCGGUUGUAGUCUCCACGCUGGUUGGAAGUACUGUGCUGCUGGCCGUAUUUGUGGUGAUCGAGGCCGAAACUAAGGCGAUACCCAUGAUCCCGCUGAGGAUGCUGAAAGGGUGGCAGCCUAUCGCAAUCCAGCUGACCAACAUUUUCGCCGGCAUGUCGUCAUAUGCUUACAUGUUCAUGAUCCCACUGUAUCUCCAGGCCGUGCGCGGUGAUUCCCCGACGGCAGCUGGCCUGCGGCUUAUUGUUCCGUCACUAGCAACACCUGUAGGUAGUGUUAUCGCAGGGUCCCUGAUGCAUCGCGGUUAUCGCUUGUGUCAUAAUGUCCGCAUCGGCACGGCCUUGAUGCUCCUUGGAAACGUGCUUGCGUGCACAAUGGGGACGUCAGGCGCUCGAUGGAAGGAGUUUGUGUACAUGGUACCGGCUAAUCUCGGUAUUGGCCUAACGAACCCCAGCGUUCUGUUUAGCUUCAUCUCGCUCUUCGAGCACAGAGAGCAGGCAGUGGCCACGUCAACGGUAUAUCUGCUGCGUUCCAUGGGCACAAUCUAUGGUGUCACCGUCACCUCCUCGAUUGUCCAGAAUGUCCUACUAUCGAGGUUGCCGGCGGUUCUCGGAGACUUGGCGACUGACGAGCUGGUCGAGAAACUGAGGAAAUCCAUCUUUGCGCUGCGGGAACUUCCACUUGAGACCGAGUUGGCAGUCCGGGCGCUGUACGACGAUGCAUUGAGGAUAGCAUUUGUAGCAUCGAGCGGCUUCGCGCUGCUGGCAUUCGUCUUUUCGCUGGCUCAAAGGACGGGGGCGCUGCAUAGGAAGUCGUGAAGGUGCGGCAGAGCGUGAGAUUAUCGCUUUGUGCUGGAGCGGCAGCAGUGGUAACAGAGCCCGGAAGCAGCCGCUUGAAGGAUCCGACGUGUGGCUCGACGGGAUGAUUUGUCGGUGGAUGGGCGAUAAGGUGCAAAAUAACAGGAUGCUUGGACACCCUGGUUGACGACGGGUAGUGCGAGGCGCGGUGAUGUCGAUUGAACAAGAAACAGCUCAAAUUUCCGCGCCGUGCAGUGGAAGACGACGCUCAAGGGGGAGGAGCGUGCCGUGGGAAGGUGCGAUCCUAGGUUAUC